CCGAGCUGCCGCGGCAGCGGCGGGGGCGUCCGGGUGGUGUGCGCGCCUGUGGGGCGCAGGCUCGGCAGCGGCGGCGGCGCGGCGGCUCAGUCUACGGCGGCAGCGGCCCGUCUGGAGCGGCCGCGGUGAGGACGCCAGCUGCGGCGGGGGAGGCGCAGCCGGGACUGCGCGCUCCGCGGAGCCGGCGGGGACCGGGAACAGGUGAUCCUAGCAGGAACCCGGAGCCCUACCGAGUUGGCUGGGCGGGAGCCCGCACUCCCGGGCGCAGCUGCAGCCGCCCCCCCGCGGCUGGUCGCGAAAGGCGCCGGGCUCCAGACAGGCGGCCUGACAUCCCUCGGCUCCCGGGGUCCCAGGAAGCCCCCUGCUCCGCAGGCUCAGAAGUGCCUGCCCUCUCUCCCUGGCGCCCGCUCUGCGGCGGAGCAAAGUUGUAGACGUGUCCCGAUAGCCAAGCCCCGCCACUGUCGCGACCCGGCCGGGUCGGCGCGCUCUCGGAGCGCAGCUGACACGCCGGCCCCGCCGCCGCCUCUUCCCCGGAGCCGACCCCCUCUGGAAACUGCUUCUGAGGCUAAAACUUUGGGCCGAGGGGCUGAGGGCGGCUCGGCGCGGGGACGAGGCCUGCGUGCGCCCCUCCGCGCCGACAGCCUGGGCGCCGCGGACGGCAUGUGACGGCCCCGGCGGCCGCCGCAGCGCGGGAAGGCGCGGGCCCUGCGGGCUCCGGCCGCUGCGAGGAGGGGCCGCGCGGCGGCCGGAGGGAAGGCUGCGGCGCGCGGUCGACCCUUGCGGGCCCGGGCCCCGAGCCGUGCCGCCUCGCUCGCCCGGGCCCCGCCGAGGCUGCUGCUCCCCCGUCCCGGCGCGGGAGGACUCGCUCCAAACUCCCUGAACUUCAGGAGCAGCCCCCGCAGGGCGAAACUCUCAGGGACCCCCGCCCCGGGCGGCGCCCCUCGACGACCUCCCCUCGCCGAGCCCCCUGCUGACAAGUGCCUGGACUCCCAGGGCCUCAGGGGCCCGGCCGGUCUGACUGUCCCCAGCCCCGUGCCCAGCAACGAUGCUCAUGAGGAAAGUGCCCGGCUUCGUCCCGGCCUCCCCGUGGGGGCUGCGGCUGCCGCAGAAGUUCCUCUUCCUUCUCUUCCUCUCCGGCCUCGUCACCCUGUGCUUCGGGGCCCUGUUCCUGCUGCCCAACUCCUCUCGCCUCAAGCGCCUCUUCCUGGCCCCCCGGACCCAGCAGCCCGGCCUGGAGGCAGUGGCCCAAGUCGCCGGCCACCCCCUGACCCGCGAGCAGGAGUCGCCUCCCAACCCGGCCCCCGCGGCUCCAGCCCCGGGUGAGGACGACCCCAGGAGCCAAGCCAGUCCCCGCCGCAGGAAAGGGUGGCUGCGGCGCACCCGCCCCACCGGGCCGCGGGAGGAGGCCACGGCGGCCCGGGGCAGCGGCGCCACGGCCCUCAGACCGCAGGAGGGGAGCAUCCCCUCUACCUUUGACUUCAACGCGUUCCGGAGCCGCCUCCGCCACCCGGUCCUGGGCACUAGGGCCGACAAGAGUAAGGAGCCCCAGAGCCUAGUUCAAAGCCAGCGGGAGAAAAUCAAGGAGAUGAUGCAGUUCGCCUGGCAGAGCUACAAGCGCUAUGCGAUGGGGAAAAACGAGCUCCGGCCCCUCACAAGAGACGGCUACGAGGGCAACAUGUUCGGAGGCCUCAGCGGGGCAACGGUCAUUGAUUCCCUCGACACCCUCUACCUCAUGGAGCUGAAGGAGGAGUUCCAGGAGGCCAAGGCCUGGGUGGAAGAGAGCUUCCACCUGAACGUGAGUGGAGAAGCAUCCUUGUUCGAAGUGAACAUCCGGUACAUCGGAGGACUUCUCUCGGCCUUCUACCUGACAGGAGAGGAGGUGUUCCGAAUAAAGGCCAUCAAGCUGGGAGAGAAACUCUUGCCGGCCUUCGAUACCCCCACGGGAAUCCCAAAAGGCGUGGUGAACUUCAAAAGCGGCUCCAACAGGAGCUGGGGCUGGGCCAUGGCAGGGAGUAGCAGCAUCCUGGCGGAGUUUGGGUCCCUGCACUUGGAGUUCCUACACCUCACCCAGCUCUCUGGCAACCAGGUCUUCGCAGAAAAGGUCAGGAACAUCCGAAAGGUCCUUAGGGAUAUUGACAAGCCCUUCGGCCUCUACCCCAACUUCCUCAGCCCGGUGAGCGGGAACUGGAUGCAACACCAUGUCUCGGUUGGAGGACUCGGGGACAGUUUUUACGAAUAUUUGAUCAAAUCCUGGCUGAUGUCGGCCAAGACAGAUAUGGAGGCUAAAGAUAUGUACUACGAAGCCUUGGAGGCAAUAGAGACCCACUUGCUGAAUGUCUCUCCCGGGGGGCUGACCUACAUUGCUGAGUGGCGAGGGGGGAUUCUGGACCACAAGAUGGGGCACCUGGCCUGUUUCUCCGGGGGCAUGAUCGCCCUCGGCGCUGAGGAUGCCAAGGAAGAAAAGAGGGCCCACUACCGAGAGCUCGCAGCCCAGAUCACCAAGACGUGCCACGAAUCGUACGCCCGCUCAGAUACCAAACUGGGGCCCGAAGCCUUCUGGUUUAACUCAGGCAGAGAGGCCGUGGCCACGCAGACGAGCGAGAGCUACUACAUCCUGCGGCCCGAGGUGGUGGAGAGUUACAUGUACCUGUGGCGGCAGACCCACGACCCCAUCUACAGGGAGUGGGGCUGGGAAGUGGUGAUGGCCUUGGAGAAAUACUGUCGGACGGAAGCCGGGUUCUCUGGGAUCCAAGACGUAUACAGUAAGGUUCCCGACCACGACAACAAGCAGCAGACUUUCUUUCUAGCGGAGACACUGAAGUACCUCUAUCUUCUGUUCUCUGAAGAUGACAUGCUCUCCCUGGAAGACUGGGUGUUCAACACGGAGGCCCACCCGCUCCCCGUGAGCCGCUCGGACAGCUCCGGCAGGGGCGGGGCCUGACUCCCACCCGUCGCCCUGCCGCUCCGGGCCCACCUCUGCGGGAUCUGGGGCUGUUCUCGAACGGAUUGGAGAUGUGGGCCCCUGCCUGGCGGGCCCGGCAGAUGUGUUGGACGAGCAACUUCUUUUCCUCUGUGAGGAGACAGGACUCGGAGACACAGCGAUGGCACACGGGGCCCAGACGUUCCUUUCCACGGAGAAUUUCUGUGAAACCUGCUCACUUGCCAUUCCAGGGCCAAAGCACCGGAGGUUUGCAUUGCAGCCUCGUGUAUUUGAUUCACUUCCUUUCGUUUUGGAGGUUUCUUUGGUUUUUGCUUGAUUUUGCCUUUUCUCUACAGUUGUGUUUUCUCACAGAUUUUAAAUAUAGUUUUCAAAAUCAUG